GAAUAAGUCAGACCGGUCCAAUUGAAAACACUACAGCAAGUUACGAUUCUCUCUGACAAACGGCAUCACGGCGCAAGUGUCUAUGCUCUUCGGCGACGGAAAGGGCACAAGCUGAAUUGCCGUCCGCGAAGCUUCAAGGUCGUCUCGGUUGAACAAAUGACUGUGGAAUGGGAACGCUUGAAAUGCUCAGGAAAUGGAGAGCGCCCAUGGAGAGCUCUUGAAUUCUACAGCGGUAUUGGCGGGAUGAGAUAUUCACUUGUUGAAGCUGCCGUGAAUGCUGUCGUAGUGGAAGCAUUCGACAUCAACGACGUCGCAAAUGAUGUUUACGAGCAUAAUUUCGGCCACAGACCCCGUCAGGGUAACAUUCAGACUUUGAGUGCUGCUGAUCUUGACGGCUACCAGGCAGAUGCAUGGCUUCUUUCUCCUCCUUGUCAACCAUACACUCGACAAGGCCUCCAGAAAGGUUCCAAGGAUGCACGUGCAGCCUCUUUUCUUAAAAUUCUGGAACUUAUACCUGAUGUAGAAAUGUCUCCACUUUUCCUUUUCGUGGAGAAUGUAGUAGGAUUUGAGAAAUCAGAUACACAUGAUAAAAUGAUGGAAAUCUUGGAGAAAAAUCAGUUUGUCACACAGGAAUUUAUCUUGAGCCCUUUGCAGUUUGGUCUUCCAUAUUCCAGGCCACGAUAUUACUGCUUGUCGAGGUUCUGAAGGCACUGCUUCAGCUAGUCGAGAUGGACAAAAUCGGAAAAACGUGAUGCUUGAAAACAUUAAAUUGGGUGGAUGUUGUAGGUAACAGAACUCUUUACCUUAGUAACCUUGUUGAUCUAUUUAUUUAAAUGAUUCGAGCCAGUUUAACGUCAAUACUUGAACUAAAACUGUUCAGGAGCUCUAAAGAGUAACUGAUGAAGUCAAGGUUGCGUGCUAUAAAAUGGAGUAAAUUAGUGUCGUGGGCCUGCAUCUAGACCUCUAAGGCUUUAAUAUUUUUUUCUUUGCCGUCACAAAAUAGAAUCUCUGUUUCUUUUGCAGGUAUUUGGCUAUUUGCUUAUAUUUAAGGAGUAAUAAAUCAGCCCCACUAUUCUUUUAUUCGGGCCAACUCUAAUUCUGUUCUCUAUUUUUAACUCCUCCUUGCUAGUUGUAAGUCGCUACAACCUCACACCAUGAUCUUUUUCUUUAGUCACCCAUCGUUGGCCACAUGUUGUACGAAAAAUAUACCUCAAACCACUUGUGACCUUUGGCAGCCUACUCCGGGCCAUUUGCGAGUUACAACAGUUUGCUUUUAAGUUAGUAAUGAGGAUAUCUGUAUUAAAAAAGGCAGCUUCACAAAAUAUCAUAACAUCCUUUAUUUGCUAGAGUUUUGAAUUCAUUUGGGGUGAGCCGGUACAAAGAUUUUUUUCAGAUAAAUUUUUACGCAUAAAUUUUCACACUAAAAAUACAAACAAUUUUCAAAUUUGGGGUUGGCUGGGAUCCGGUUGCCCUCCGCCCUCUACCUCCAUCCCUGGUGACAGUUGUGUAGUUAUGGAAAGAUACAGCUUACACGAUUUCCCUCGUUCUCAUAGGCAUAGUAUAGUCUAUUUAAUAGGAAUUGUAAGCUCAUUUUAAUAUAAAGAUAUAAUGAUAUUUCUUUGGUAAAGAAUUAUAAAUGAGUUAUCCAUGAAAGCAUUCCAUUGCAGGCGAAAAGGAAACCUUUAACCUUCAGAAUUGCUAAACAUGACAACCAGCUUCUCUGGAACCCUGGUGCUUUAGUUUGGCAGGAUGAAAAUACUAUUGUCAAAGAUGAUCAGUCACAGGAGUACUGGGAUGAAGUGCUUCAGCACUGUCAGCCCAUAGAGAAUUUUCUUGAGUGGAAAAUUUCUGAAAAAGAAUGUGAAUCCAAGUCCCGUAUAUUAACUACUAAUGAUUCUGAAAUGGAAAAUAAUGAUGAUGCAGAUAUUGAUCAUGGCAGCGACUUUUCUAGUCAGUACUUUGUUCCAUCAAACUUGGUGGACAGAUGGGGAAAUGCAAUGGAUAUUGUUUUCCCACAUUCAAAACGAUGUUGCUGUUUUACGAAAAGCUAUUAUCGAUAUGUUAAGGGAACAGGUUCCCUUCUAGCAACAAACCAGGGAAAUACAAAAAGCACGACUGCCAAGACAUCAUUGAAGGAUUUAUGCCUCAGAUACUUCACCCCGAGGGAGGUUGCAAACUUGCACUCUUUUCCAUCAGAUUUCACGUUUCCCCAACACAUAAGCCUCAGACAGAGGUAUGCCUUGUUUGGGAAUAGUCUAAGCGUGGGAGUUGUUGCCCCUUUGCUUAGGUAUCUAUUUACAGAUCUUGCCUGCAACUCAAUUCAAGACAAGGUCCAUUAAUGAAAGUGCAAUAUCAAAUGCAAAUGUAGGGUGCCUAGAUAUAGAAUGUGCAUUAUCAGUGCAUUAUCUAUUGUCUUUGAUGAAGAGCUGAUUACAUAUGUCCUUGAUUUACAUAUAUGAUGUCCUUUUGUUGAAAAGUUGAAGUUGUCUACAUUGGUAUCAGUGUAGUAAUAGUAGUAGAUUAGCAGUUCGGGAAAUUAUUUUCUGUCGCCCCGUUUCUCCAUCAGGAUUGCAAGAUGAAAUAGUCAAAUAGAUCAGCUUGUAAUUUAAUGUGCUCCAAAUGAUGACAUUGCUUACCAAGGGCAACCUACUAUUUCUUUUGAUGUGUGUAACACAAGUUGAGAUUAUUUUCCUUGUUAAAGAUUUCCAAUGUUAAUGCGGAGUAGAAC